AUGAGAACAACAGCCUUUGUCCUGCUCUCAGCCCUGGUGCUUCCAACCAUCCUCAAUGUAGACUGUGUCAAACACCAUGAACAGAUUGACUGUAGUAAAUAUAAAAUGUUACUAGAAGAAAGAUUUUGUUAUGACAUAUAUACACCAAUUUGUGGAUCUGAUGGCAAAACUUAUGGCAAUGAUUGCUACUUUUGUUAUGAAGUUGAGAAAACUAACAACAAACUUAAAUUUGUACACUUUGGAAAAUGUUGA